AUGUACGCCGGGAGGAAGAGGAAGAAGCCGGUACCGAAAAGCCCCAAACCACCACCCCCUGAGGGCAUGAAGUCCAACCCUUCCAAGCGGCAUAGAGACAGACUCAACCAGGAGCUGAACAAGCUGACUGGCUUGCUGCCCUUCCCUGAAGAUGUGUGCGCCAGGCUCGAUAAACUCUCCAUCCUCCGACUGGCUGUUGGAUACCUGAAGGUGAAGAGCUACUUGAUGGCUGCAGCUACACAUGUUGGUGACCAUGUGCUGGAUCAGUCUAGAACCCCAGGAGAGAAUGGACGGAUGGACCUGCAGGUUAACAAGGAGCUGAUUCCUGAAGGGGAACUGCUGCUCCAGGCACUUAAUGGAUUUGUCAUUGCUGUGACUGGAGAUGGCUACAUCUUCUACAUCUCCCCUACUGUGCAGGACUACCUGGGCUUUCAUCAGUCAGAUCUCAUCUACCAUAGCGUGUAUGAGCUGAUCCAUGAGGAUGACAGAGCCACCUUCCAUUGCCAGCUGCACGGGGCCCUGGUGUCUGGCAGCACCCAGCAGGCUGCCAAUGCCUUUCCUGGUGACCAGCUGCUGCUGGCUGGAUGCAGUGCUGCGUCCAGCCCCCAGCACCUCCGCCCCGAGAAGCCCUCCUUCAUGGAGAGGAGCUUCACCUGCCGCUUCCGCUGCUUGCUGGAUAACUCCUCGGGAUUUCUGGCCUUGAAUUUCUGCGGGCGCUUGAAAUGCCUUCUUGGGCAGCAGAAGAGGGCAUCAGACAGGUCCCCACUUGUUCUCUUUGCCAUCGCAACUCCCCUCCAGCCGCUCUCCAUCCUGGAGCUUCGGACCAAGACACUGAUCUUCCAGACAAAGCACAAGCUGGACUUCACUCCCAUGGCCUGUGAUGCCUGGGGAAAGGUUGUCCUGGGGUAUACAGAAACGGAGCUGUGCAGGAGGGGGUCCGGGUACCAGUUUGUGCACGCAGCCGACAUGAUGUACUGCGCAGAGAACCACGUGAGAAUGAUGAAGACAGGGGAGAGCGGGCUGACUGUUUUCCGGCUGCUGACCAAGAAGGGCGGCUGGGUAUGGGUGCAGGCCAAUGCCUGGCUAGUAUACAAAGGGGGCAAGCCUGACUUCAUCAUUGCCCGGCAGCGAGCCCUGUCGAAUGAGGAAGGGGAGGAGCAUCUGCGAAAGAGAAACCUGCAGCUGCCUUUUAGUUUUGCCACGGGGGAAGCAGUCCUAUACAGGAAUGACCUGCCUGAGUUCCUGGACUCCUUCCAGGCUAAGGAGGAGUCACAGACACAGGCAGACUCCUGCACGGGGCAGCGCUUGGUAGACCCCAACUCUCUUCUUGGUGCCAUGAUGAAGCAGGAUGCAUCCAUAUACAUCUCCCAUGCUGAUAAUGUGCCUCAGUUCUCCUUGCCAGAUCUCAUUGCUGAGCCUGAUAGACUAAGUCAGAAUGAGGAGGUUGGUGAUGCAAAGGAGGACGACUCCCUCCUGGUUGUUACCAAAACCCUCUUUGAGAAGACCAAGGUGGAUGGAAAUAUCUGCCAGACUUUCCAGAGCCUCAACAUGGACAAUGCAGAGCUGCAGCGAUGGGCGGAGACUCUGCUCAGCUUGGGUGCAGCAGAGGAGCCACCAGCUCACGAGGCUGGCGAGAGGCUAGGCACUGAGAUGACAUCCUGUGUGGAGCAGAUGCUCCUCAGGGAGGAUGCUGGGAAGAGCAUGGACUUACUGCACUGCAGUACAUUGCCCUGCAAUAAGGGAAACAGUGCUGUGGCUCACUUCCAGCAUUGCUGGGCAGCUAAUUCAGCAUUUCAAGCCCCAUCACAGCCCCAGACACCUGGUGCACAAGGCCAAGAUGCUAUGGUCUCUCUAGUGUCUGUUACAUCUGAGGUUAUCUCUGCUCAACCAGAACAGCAGGUCCCAUUUAACCCAGCCAGGCUGGUGGGAGGGACUGCUCUGGAUGUCCUGGUCUCCAGCAACAAGUCCUCUGUAGCACUUCAGCUGGCGAACCCAGAACAAGCAAUUGAAGCAGGAGUUACCACCUCUGCUCUUGUAGAUAACACUAUUCCUGAUGAUCAGAGCCAGCCUGACUGUGAAAUGGUGGGCUCAACCUGCCCACCUCCGUUGCACUCAAAUGCACUAGUGACUCGGUGGCACAAUGUCCCAAUCCAGGCAAACCCAGCCAAUGCUUUGGGUCAGAGGUCUUCUCCAGCAGGUUGCCCAUCAGAUGCUUGGAUGGCCACAGCUCCAAAACAGCUGGAAGCAGCAGGAAUACACCUGGAGUCACAAACUCAGCUGGCCAGCAGCCCCGAGAGCCUUCUGGGGGCUGGGCUGUGGUUGCUGCCCUCCCAACCUGCUCCUUGCCCUGCACGGGGCUUGCAUGAGUCCCUGUUCUCUGGGGCUGGGCAGCUCUGUGGUGAGGAAGCUGCUCUCCCUGCACAAGCAUCAGCACACUUAGGAGUCAGCCAGCUGCGAGGGGAUGGUGGCUUCCCCAAACAGCCCCCAAUACUCCCCCUGGAGCCCAGCUUUUCCUGGGAAAGGGAGCAGGACAAGUGGCUCAUGCAGCACCAGUCAUGGCUUCUGCACACUGGGGCAGCUCCUUGGAGAUGUGUUGGGGCAGGUCCAGUGCAACACAGCGGACUUCUGUUGGGGUCUAGCAUGGGUCCCAGCACUCACCAGAUGGACCACAUAUUUCUGCCUGAGUGCCAGUACAGAAAUAACCUUCUUGGGCAUGACAGUGCUUUUCUUAAUGAUGCCUCUAAAAUAUCCCUUCCCCAGCAGCUGGGUGCUGUGCCUUGCCCCAGUGAGAGCCACCCUGGAGCAUCAUGUUCCUCACUGGGCUCCAUUUUGAGGUGCUCAGCAGGUCUCCCUGCAAAGGUGGGUGAGGGAGCACUGCCACCCUCUGAGCAGGGCCCUGGCUUCCCAUCAGCAUCCUUUGCAGGCCAGCAGCCGCUCUGUGCCUGUGAGGUCCAGCUCAAGGUGAGGUGUGAGGGCUGCAGGACCUGAGCGGUGCACUGACUCAAAUGGAUGGAGUGAAGGGUGGUGCUGCAGGGAUGCAGGCACAGCAUCAGAUGUGGGCAGCCUGUCUUGAAGCCUCACUGUGAAUUAGGAGCCACAUUUUGAAAAGCCACCAGCAAUCAUAAGCUCUUCUGGCUGUGCACACCUGUGAGUGGUGCCCUGUGCUCCCUGGUUACUCAGGAUUUUGUCUUCCAGUGCCUGAAACAAGGUGCCCUCGCAGAGCUUCCAUGCAGUCUAGGAUGAAGUGUUUUGUGGUUGUGUUGUGUGGUUUUUUUUGUUUGGGUUUUUUUUUUUUCCCCAUGAGAAGUCUUUCUCAUGGGAAAGGCUUUGCCUGCAGAGAGGUUUGUCAGACUCUCGAGGUCAAGGAAAGGACCCCCUGUUUGCCGGUCCAUGUGUUCCUGACAACCUCUUGCAGACAGACCUGCUGGCCUUAAAGGAACCAAAGCACUGAAUUGCUGUUUCUUGAUGCAGCAUGGUCUCCUCACUGCCUGUGUGUGUGGACCACCCUUGUCAUGUUGCUGCUCAGUCCAAUCCAUCAUCUCAGCCUGCCUGAGCCCCUCUGGUCUGCUCCUUGCUCCCUCCCUCAUGUGCUUUCCAUCUCUUCUCCUCCUCCUAAGCCCCUGGUGACCCAGUUCCUUUGGAAAAGGGGAUGUUACCAAGCACUUUGAGAAGCUGAGCAUCAUUUGAAGGGUGUCUGUGGGAGGUGGAGUUGGUGAGAGCAGAGGCAGUCUGGGAUUUUGUGCUCCUCAGCAGCCUUCCCGGGGAGUUCGGGAGAAGCGGGUAGCAGGCUGUGUGACCUUCCCUUCCAGCAGGGUGGGGAAAGUCCAGCCAAGCUCUCUUUGGGUUUGUCACUGUUCUGCCUUUGCCUUCCUUUCCUGUGCUCAGCAGUGCCAUCAGGUGGAGGAACGAUGGAUUUUACUCAUGCAGUUGCUCAGGUUGGUGUGGAUUUGCCCAAGCUAUGAGAAAGUAAGUCAGGAAUGGGUGCAGUGAUUGCUGUCUGCAUCUUCACUUCAGACCAACUUUGUGCUCUUCAAGCUGUUGUCCUGCAGAUCAGCACAAUCACUUUGAAUUCCCCUUCUUUUGUAUUUUUUAACUUUUUUUUUCCCCCCUCCUCACUACGGGCAAAUUCCCCCAGACGACCUGUCAAGGAAAACCCGCAGAAAAAGCAAUGAUGGGGGUGGGUUUCAUUCAAGACCAGAUGUGGCAAGUCAGGUUGGUCAAAGCUGAUAGAGGUUGGGGACCUCACAUCUUCCCCACCUUGCACCCAUCACCCUGAGCAUCACAUCUGCCUCUCACACCAGUAUUAAGCAUGUACUGUUUGUCAAGUGAGUAAAAAUCAGGUAAUUAGUGCAGGGCUAGCCCAGCAGCAAGCCUGCAUGUGUCUUGGUGUGGGGUGGCCUCAUCUCCCUGGGUCUCUUCCUUCUUGCCUUGCUUUGCUCUGUCGGGGCUCCUGGGGCUGCUCACAGGUCAAGAUGGGGCUCCGGACGAGUUGCGUUCCUGGCUCUGCUGGGAGCAAAGUGAUGCUUGAAAUGCACCAGACCCCUCUAAAGUGGCCUGGAGGAGCACCUGGAAUGGGGCAAGGAGCUGACUGGCCGUGACACAGAGCCUUAGAAAUCAGUGGACCCAAAAAGCAGCAGGAUGGGACUCUGUUCACCAGUGUUUGUUGUCCUAGCACCUGAACCAGUGCAUGGCUCCAGCCAGGGUGUGCACCUUGGGGAGGGGGCACCCUACCAGGCUCUGCUCUUUGGGGCUGAGACAGACCCCUGGCACUCUGUUACUUGUGUAUUACGUCUUUAUAUGUUGUGUAUGUGCAUGUAACCUCUUUUCAUGGUGGUGUCUCAUUUUACGCUUUGUGAUUUCUUUGUAUUGCUGUUGGCAGAUGGAUGAUUCCAAGGAGAAAAAGAUGUCCUAAAACUCACUCGCUGUAUUUGGCUACAUAUUAAAAGGCAAUUUGCUUUGUA